GACGUUAGGCGGAAGUGUGUCUGUGAGCUUCAGCUGGAAAACACAGAGGAGCAAGAUUUCAGUAUUGUUUUUUUCUUUCUUUUUUACUGUGUACAGUGCUUUUCUGCGAAUGUAACUUGCUCGUCACGUAUAGGGCGAGAAGGCUGAGCUGAAAGUCCAAAGACUGAAAAGACUGUCGUCGUUUCGAGGGAUGCAAAAGACUUUGUUUUGUACUUGCCUCAGAGGGGCCCAUUAGUGGAGCUGUAACUGCUUAGCUCAUUGGCUAGUCGUGAAGCUAGCUGGCUACCAAAUAACUCAGAGAGGGGUGACAAGUGACUGACCAAGAAGAUGACCAUGAAUCGAUGAAGCAGCGAAUGCAUCUCCGCAUUACCUCCAUGCACUGCCAGUGAAGAAAAAAGAUUUGAGAUUGGAGGAAGUUGGUUGUCUUCCCCCAGCGAAGGUAUUGCCACCUUGGACAUGAUGGGCCCGCGGCGGAAAUCCACCAAGACCCAGAGCUUGGAAGAGGGUCUGAAUGUCCCUUUCUGUCAAGAAGAGCCCAAAGACUACAUGAAUGAGCUCUCACAUGAAGUACUCUGCCACAUAUUCAGGUAUCUCCCCAUGCACGACAUCAUGUGCAUGGAAUGUCUGUCCAGGAAACUCAGAGAAGCGGUGACUCUGUACUUGCGUGUUGUGAAGGUGGUAGACCUGUGCGCGAGCUGCUGGUGGGAGUACAUGCCCUCAGGGUUUACAGACUCCAGUUUCCUCAUGCUCCUGAAGAAGAUGCCAGACCUGGAGCAGCUGUACGGCCUGCACCCGCGCUACCUGGAGCGACGCAGAGUCCGAGGAUACGAGGCCUUCAGCAUCCCAGGGGUUCUGGAAGCUCUUCAGGCCUGCCCCAGCCUUAUAGGUGUUGAGACGUCUCACCUGGAGCUGGUGGAGGCCAUCUGGAACUACAUGCCUCAGGUUCACAUCCUGGGAAAGUUUCGCAACCGCAAUGGAGCCUUUCCCAUACCCCCAGAGAACAAACUCACCAUUCCAGCUGCGGCUAAAAUCCAAACUUUGCACCUUGUUGGGGUGAACGUGCCAGAGAUCCCCUGCGUCUCCAUGCUCCGACACCUCUACCUGAAGUGGGUGCGCCUCACCAAGCCUCAGCCCUUCAAGGACUUCCUGUGCGUCAGCCUGCGCACGUUCGUGAUGCGCAACUGUGCGGGUCCGACCAACUCGCUCAAGUACGUGCCCCUGGUGACGGGCCUGGCGUCCGCCCGCAACCUGGAGCACCUGGAGCUGGUGAGGGUGCCCUUCCUGGGGGGACUCAUCCAGCACGUGGUGGAGGACAGCUGGAGGUCAGGAGGGUUUCGUAAUUUGCACACAAUAGUAUUUGGAGCCUGCAAGAAUGCACUUGAAGUUGAUCUGGGCUACCUCAUAAUCACGGCUGCACGGCGGCUUCAUGAAGUUCGAAUCCAACCCUCCCUAACCAAAGACGGAGUGUUUUCUGCACUGAAAAUGGCCGAACUGGAGUUCCCCCAGUUCGAGACGUUGCACCUUGGACAUGUUGACGAUUUCCUUUUGCAAUGUAAAAUGAGCCACAACGAGUUGGUGAAAUAUGGCCUGGCAGACGUGAUCGAGAACCCAGGAAUCAUCACAGACAUCGGAAUGAAAGCCGUCAACGAGGUCUUCACUUCAAUCAAGUACCUUGUCAUUUAUAACUGCCCUCAUCUACACAACCCCCACAACUGGAUAACAGACCACUCUCGCUGGAGCCGGCUGUCGGACCUGACGCUGGUGCGCUGCCACGCUGUCAAACUGGACUCCUUCUGCCAGUUCAUCGAGAUGCUGCCCAGCCUGGAGUGCAUUUCCCUGGACCAGAUGUUUCGAGAGCCUCCCAAGGGUUGCGCUCGUGUGGGUCUGAGCGCAGGCACUGGCAUCGGCGUUUCCUCCGCCCUCGUCAGCAACCAGAACUCCAACAAUGACAACGACAACAACAAUAACAAUAAUAAUCACCAAAACAACGAGGCCAACAUACCAGCUGCCAAUGAGGAGGAGGCCGUCGCCCCCGAACGUCAGCAGGAUCGUCAGCAGCAGCGGCCAGAGGACGCUGGUGAUAUGGACGGGGUGGAGGAGGAGGAGAACCAGGCGGCUCCAGACCUGAUGGAGGUGGAGGCUGCUGCAGCUGAUGGGGAUGCUGAUGCUGAGGCUCCCCAGGGCUCCUCUGGCUCCAGGCAACCAGCAGGGGGCGAUGGAGAGCAGGCAGGCCCCAGUGGGGUGCAGUCUGCGGUGAAGAAGCCGCCAGUGAAGGUGCUGGACUCGGACAGCGAGGACGAGGACGAGCAGGAGAAGACUCCAGGCACGACGCCGCGUCCUCCGCUCCCCUCCAGGACAUCCUACACCGAGACGCCUGCCAACAGCAGGCCCAAGAGCUCCAGCGCCCACUCCACAACCCCACACAACAGCAAAGGGAAGACGCCGCUGCGCCGCCGUGGCCCACCCCCCCAGGAGCCCAGCUGUGAGAAGGGUUGCCAGGUAACGAGCGAGCAGAUCAAGGCGGACAUGAGGGCGGCCACCGAGGCCCCAGAGCGCAGCGCCGCCUCAGCAGCAGCAGCAGCAGGAGUAGGAGGAGGAGGGGGGCCCGCGGCUGCAGCCUCUGGACAGGUGCCUGGGGCAGGGGCCUAUGUGGGCUCCAUCCGCUGGAGGGAGGACGCCGACAGCCAGGAGGAGGGAGGCCCGGGCGGGGGAGGCAGCGCUGAGGAGGGCCCCGCGGGGAUGGAGGGCCUGGAUGACCAGGAGGUGUUUGGGGAGGAUGGCCACUCUCACCCCAGUGGCGCUGCGUCAGACGACGGCAUGGAGGAGGAGCAUCAGCACAGGAUCCCACGCCGACCAGUCACACGCUCCCGCAGCAGGCUCUCAGCCGUGCCACUCGUGUCAGAAGCAGAGCUCUCAAAACCAAAGCCCCGGGUCACAGUCAAAAAGAAACGCACAGCCGACAAGGCCACCAGCACCAGUGACCCGGUCACAGAGGAUGACCACGUGCAGGUGUUAACACUCAAGUCCAACAACCUGGUGGGCAUCAACCUCACAAACUGUGGCAUCACAGACCUGGUGCUGAAGGACUGCCCCAAGAUGAUGUUUGUCCAUGCUACCCGCUGCCGAGUCCUGAAGUACUUGAAGGUGGAGAACGCGCCCAUCGUGAACCGCUUCGACUACGCCCAGUGCAAGAAGAUGGACAUGGAGCAGGUCCUGGACCAGAUCCUCCGCAUGCCCCCCGAGAGGAACCGCAUCAUCUACAUGAGGCCCAUGCAGCAGAUCAACUCUCUGGCUCUGGAGAAGAUGCUGUUCAGUGGACCGUACCCAUAUCACAUCGCCAUUAUCCACGAGUUCAGCAACCCGCCCAACGCCAGUAACAAGAGGCGUGUCAGGAGCUGGAUGGACACCAUCGCCAACAUCAGCCAGGAACUCAUUAAAUAUGAGUUUUUUCCAGAGGCCACACGAACGGAAGAGGAUGUGCAGAAGUAUCCCAACUACCCCUGGGGGCGAGACAUCUACACCUUGGAGGGUACAGUUGACAGUGCGCCGUACACAAUGAUCACUGAUUUCCCCUGGUUGAGGACUUUGCGAGCAGCAGAGCCAAACAGCUACGCACGAUACGACUUUGAAGACGAUGAAAGCACUACCAUCUAUGCGCCGCGCCGGAAGGGUCAGCUGUCUGCGGACAUCUGCAUGGAGACCAUCGGGGAGGAGAUCUCGGAGCGGCGGCAGGCGCGGUGCGGUGUCUUCCAGCGCCUUGUGGUGCUCUUCAUCCACUACUGCGACGCCCGCGGCCAGCCUGUCGACGACGACUACAUCUAGUGCCUCUCCUCUCACCUACCUGCCUGCCUGUCUGCCUGUCUGUCCCUAGAGCCACUUCGCCACGCCAUGCCUUGCCCUCUCCCACAAGAGGCGGGGUGCUUGGGGAUGGGUGGGUGGGUGGAGGUCAGACAUUCAUUGAAGAAGGAAAAAGGGGGGUAAAGGAAGGGAGGGAGGUGAGGUGAAAGGCCUUUGGACUUCCCACCCCCCUCGCUCACAAGAGAUGACGUUCCACUCUUGGCUCCUUACAGAUAACUUCACAGGGGGGGAGGCUCAGGGUCCUUUAUACUACCCAUCCCGUCAAGGUGUAUGGGCUGUCUCGUCACCCACCCUCAGCACAGAGACAGACAAAAGACUGUGUUCUUUGUCUAUCAACUGUGAUGGUCAACUACAGUUCAGUCAGUAUUCGGUCUCCUCCAGGUUCACAGUUCAGUUGUGGUUGUGGUGUGACUGACACGUAGCGUUCCGACUGGCCCUUCCUCCCCAGGUCUCUGUGAGGCUUGGCGCUACAGGGGGACGGGGGGGACGGGGUCGUGUUCCAGACUUCACGCAUGCUGCUGUUCUAGAGGUGCUGACCCGGUAAUAGAGCACAAUGUUCACCAUAGCUCUCACUGGAGACUGGUAUCCAUUGGAUGCCCCUGCCACGCUUAGUGAUGUUUCACUACAUUGUGGUUGGCUUGUUGCUUGGUUGGACUUAGUCGUUACAUGAACAAUGGGCUUUUUUUUGGUGUGGACUGUGCUCAGAAAGAUUCGACAAGCCCUUUAAUUUGCUUGUGAAAAAGAUUAAUACUGCCAGCUGAGCUAUUAUCUGUAUUCUUUGAUAUUUUGUUUGUUUGAGGUCUUCUUUUUUCCUCAUUGAGUUUUGUCUCUUCCCUGCCUCUUGUUUUGAGGGAGGAGUAAGGGGCAAUGUCUCCAUCUGUCAGGCAAGAAGUGCCCUUAGCAUUCUUUGAAGCAGUAUCGUUUGAUUAUUAUUUUUAUUUUGUUUUUCCAAUUUAUUUUUUUAAUGUUACGUUUUCACUUUAGAGUCAUUCAGGUCUAACUAGGGGUGUCAUGGUUUGUCUGGUCCCUGGAUCAGUGCCAUUUUCUUUUAAAGUCGUUUCUCAGUUCACCCCAGACUGGCAUCAUGCAUCGGUGUAUGUAUCUCACGCUAGUGUAUUCCGUGUUAUGGUGUGACGGCUUUUCAAGUUAUGUCGUCCUCCUCAAACAGUGGAACAAACAGCACUUUUGUCACGUGACGAGGUUUGUGCAGUUUUCUCGCCACGUCUGCGAUUUUCUGUUGCUAAACACAAAAAUGCUCUGCUGUGCCCUGACUAAAACCAUGCCUAACCCUAAUCUGUCAGUAAAGCAAUGUUUCUUCUACUUUACUUUUUCCAAGAACAGCAAAACAAGCAAGGGAAAUAAUGAAUUUGUAGUGAAAUUGUGCCCAGACUGAAACCACAAUGCCCAGGGCGUUGUUGAGCAUGCGUUAACUUGCAAAGGUGUCGUACUCAAACGCGAGGUUCAAAUCUGCGUGUUAUCGUACUUACUUUUCAUGAUGCCAUGUUGUUCACCCAAUACAAGAUCAUGAUGUGGUAGAGUCCCUUUCUGUAACCCUUAACUCCAGCCUUGCCUCCAGCAUCCUAUUUUACAUAUUUACUCCCACCCAGGACUUAAAGGGAUGCCGAUUUCCAUAGGGUUCCACAGGUGACGUUUUUGUUUGCUUGUUUUUAAGAUUGAUUUUGUUUAAUUUCUCGUUCAUUAGUUCUUGGCCAACACACAUGCUCACUUUUGGUUUGGAGGUAUUGAAGACUGAAAAAAAAACUGUUAUGUUCAUCCAGAGGUGUGACAAGAGGGUGAGGGGUUGGGUCCAUACAUCUGUGGUUGUCUUCCCUUCACUGCCGCUACACCACUCAUGAAAGUAAAGAAUGAGAGAAGUGUCUGUUUUUUAAGCGUACUAUUUUCUGAAGAGACUCGCCUACCAAUGAUGAUGAUGAUGAUGAUGAUGAUGUGUUUGGUGUGUAUUGUUUGUGUGUGUGUACGUUUUCGGAUGUCAAAGAAAAGAAAUGAUACGUGAUGAUACAAAGAGAGGGGGUGCACACAGGUCUGUCUUAA